CAGCAAACUUCCUCAAACACGCCGUUAAGCCAUCAUACUUCCUCUGUUCGGCGCGCGCUCACUUCCUACAUACUUCAAUAAGUAGCUGUGGAGUGCGCGUGCUUGCAGACGGACCCGCUCGCGCUGGGAUUAACGAGUUUAAAGCGGAGUAUGUUCGGAGAUUGCUGAAGUAGAUUCGUUAGAUCUGAGUGCUCCAUCCCUCCAGCAUGCAGAGCAUCAAGUGUGUGGUUGUGGGAGAUGGUGCGGUGGGGAAAACCUGCCUGCUCAUCUCUUACACCACUGGCGCCUUUCCUAAAGAGUACAUCCCGACCGUGUUUGACAACUACAGCUCUCAAGUGAGCGUGGACGGCCGGACCAUCAGCCUCAACCUGUGGGACACGGCCGGACAGGAGGAAUAUGACCGCCUGCGCACACUAUCCUACCCCCAGACCAACGUGUUCGUCAUUUGUUUCUCCAUCUCCAGCCCGCCAUCCUACGAAAACGUCAAGCACAAGUGGCAUCCCGAGGUGACGCACCACUGCCCAAGCGUGCCUAUUCUUCUUGUGGGCACCAAGAGCGACCUGCGCAACGACCCUGAGGUGCAGAAGAAGCUGAAAGAUCAGAACCAGGCACCCAUAACGGUGCAGCAAGGCCAAGCGCUUGCGCGCCAAAUCCAUGCGGUCAAGUACAUGGAAUGCUCGGCGCUCAGCCAGGAUGGCAUCAAGGACGUGUUCGCCGACGCUGUUCGCGCUUUCCUCAACCCUCAGCCCGCUGCGCCUAAAAGAGGCUGCGUGCUCCUCUGAAAAAGAAAACCUGAGAAAUAUGCAGAGAAUUAGAUUUUAAUAUUAUAAUAAAUGUAUACAGAGAAUUAGUCUUUUGGAAACAGAUUGCAGGAGAAGUCAGAAGUGAGUUGGCUGAUGCUUGCUAUUUACAGGCUGUGAAAAUUGUAGUGAAUACUUUACACCUGGACUAACAGGCAGGGAACGAGCACAUCAGUCAAGGAAAUUUAAAGGUAUUUUUUUUUGCGUGGAGAAUACAUUAUUGUAGAUUUUAUGACCUCAUAAAAGGUUUACGCCUUCACAACACUUUCCCCUUCAUUACAAACGUAGCCAUGGAAGUCUGUUUCACCCAGGCGUGUCACGUCCAGGAAAUUUUGCCAGAAGAUGAAUUAUCAUACCAGAAAUUACUGUAAAGACAUAACACAGCAAAAGAUAUAUUAAUAGUUAAAUAUUUCUGCAUACCAGACUGUAAAAAAACAAAAAACAAAAGGAAGACAAAGAAUACAGAAAUAAACUGGAAUCAUUAAAUCCACUAUACACCAUGGCAACAAUUCUGUAUAUUAAAUCAAUUUAUUUUUUAAUAAUAAUGCAACAAUGCAAUAAUGACGGGUUAAUUGUUUUCCUAAAAUAGUACAUCGUAAAAUGUUUUAUUCCUUUUAUACCACAACAUUUAUUAUAAAAAUUAUUUUAAUUUAACGAGAAACACGUCAUUCUUACUUAAGUUAAAAAGACAAAAAUGCCAUUUUAGGAAGAAACCGGAAACUAAGGUGCAACAUUAAAGCUUUAACUUUGUCAUUAAAAGCUGACACUGGAGACUCAUUUCAGUAAUACUAAAUAAGUAUAAUAAUCUAUCUUUAAGUAAAAAAAAAUCCUUUUAUAUAGAUCAUGCACCAUACAAGUCCCUGUGCAAGUUAAUAUAAGAGAAAGUAAGAGAAUUAAUAUAAACAUUAUUAAACAGAAUGAAUCUUUUACCCAAUUAGAAUUGAGUAUGCAACAUCAGUGUGAUAUAAUUACAUUUUGCAGUGAAAUAGACAUUUAAUACUGAAGUCAUUACAUUUCUUAGCACGCUAUUAGGUGAUUAUUGUAUCAUUGAAAGUACUAUAAAUAAUUAUGCACUUAACGCUUUUGUGCAAUCAGGGCUUUAGCUAUAAAUGUCUGAAGGUGCUUGUGAAACUGCAAGAUUAAGGCUUAUAAAAGUACAAGAAGUCAUUUGGCUCCUUGUGUUGGUGGAGUCUGUGUAUGCAUCAGCAGCUGCAGGCAUUGCAGUGCAGGGAAACCUCAGUUAUGCAUUGACCACACUACUUCCCCAUUACUUCAAUUUGAUUGGGGGGAAACAAGCAUCUUGGCAGUUGAUUCAGGAAGCAAGGGCUCCAGUAGACUUCACACUCCAUUCUCAUUUACUGUUUCCCAGCAGGACAGGGUGGGGCUUUGGUGAAAAGCAGCUCGAAUUAGAAAAACUUUCAGCACUUGAUGACUGAACUGGAAUCAGCUUGCAAAUUUGUUCUGUACAUCUUAGUUAUAUUAAAUACAUAACUUCUUACCUAACAUGUCAAUGUACUCAGAUUUACAUUUUUUCGUAUUUUUUUAAACAUAGUAGUUCUUUUACUUACCAGUAGAAAACAUGCAGUAAAUUUGACCAGAUUAUUAUUUACCAGUGCUUGUUUGUGUUGUGCAGUUUGUCAGUCGUGAACUCGCCACUAGCACAUAAACCUUGUAACUUAAGCAUGGUAGGAGUCAACCAGCAGGCUCUAUGUUCCCAUGAGUCCCUGGGAACGUAUAAGCCAAUCAGCUAGCCUUAAAGCUAGAACACAUAUCAGGUUACUGACAGUCCCUUAGAAAGCAAUCACUUAGCAUUACAGCACAUCAAGUGACAGACAUGGACUGUUGAACAUUUUGUGUACGUUCAUUACCAAUGCUUCUAGCCUGAAUGUCCAAGCAGGGCCUAAAUUCUGACACAAAUGCCUUCAAGAGUCUGUGAUUUUAUUUUUAUAUUUUAAAUUAAAAGCUGAAUACACAUCAGGAUGAGUGCUUGAGGUUCACAGUUCAAAGCGUGUCAAGCUCUGAGUUUCGCCUCUGCAAGCUGAAUGCACCACAUUCCUGCUCAUGAUUUUAAAAUGCAUUCACUUAAUAAUGUAACAGAUUUUUUUUUCUUUUAUCUCCCCACCUCCCUUUUAUAUGCCAUUGUGAUGUUUGUCAAGGUACACUGUUAUUCAGGGCAGGAGGAAGGGGAGGGGGGGGGGAAUGUAACAUGCCAUGGUGUCAAAAAGAGCUGAAUUCAAUAUUAAGACAAAUUUAUGAUCAAAGAUAUAUUUAUAGCUGCAUUUUGAAAGCAUGUACAACUUCUGUCUAAAAUUACAUUUUAUGUGCAAAAUGGGUGGGAAAUUAUUCAACUGGAAGAUAGCAACUGAAGAAUCUGCUUGCAGAAUGCAUUAAAACAGUCGGUUCUUCUUGAACUAGGUCUGUGUGUGGCACGAGGUGGCCACAAAUUUCAUAAGAGCUUCAGUAAAGUGAAAUUCAGCACGUAGACACAGGCCAGAACUCAGUAUUGUUGUGUCAUGGAUAAACAAGAACAGUCGUUCCUCUCAUUCUGAGCAUGGCAAGCACUGAUCCAUGGGAAGUAAUCUUCUUCCUGGAAACAGUAGAGCCAAGGAAGGGGUUCUAUUUCCGCACACUCCCUUACCCAGACGCUGUUUGCUCUUUAACAUAUCCCCCUGCAUCUGCCUCUAUCUUUUUGACACCUUAUUACACCAAAUAAUACUAAGGCAGAGUUUCAGCAGUGUCUUUUCACAGCUUUAAAUCCACCUGUAUACAAUACUGUACGUAAAAGGUUUAACAGUUUGUAAUUUAUUUUCCUUUAUUCCUGAUGAUGUAUUUGUUAAAAAUGUUUUUAUGCAAAUAAACACAGCUUCCAUGUCA